UAAGGGACAAAUCUGUGCAGUUGUCAGCACUGCUUGCUAGAGAGGGGGAGGUGCUGUCACUUUAAGAGCAGCGGAGACCCAACUGGGGUUGGUGUGAAGGGGGAGCAAUGGGGUGGGCGGUACCACACGCCCCCCGAGGAGGAGGAGAGAAAGGCGCCUCUUCAACUGGGAAUAAGGAGGUGGGCGGUACCACUCGUCACGGGCACAAGGGGGCAGAGAUAGGAGUGGAAUGUUCAUGUGGAGGGAGUAUGGGGAACGAUAGAAAUGAGUGGGGAUAGAGAAAGGAAGAUCAAGUGAGACGGGGCGUGGCUAUCCCGUGAAAGGGGCGUGGCUACACUUCGCACGAAGCAGCGCUGAGGAUAGGGGAGGAGGAAGGCACCACUUUCAGGAGCCGGAAAGGGGGAGGGCAGAAGAACAAGAAGGUGGUGGUGGUAAUAUUGGUAAAGGGGGAGAAAAAAAAAGACAAUGGAGCUUCUGUGUAGCUGCGGGAGAUUAAAGCUACCGCCGACCAUCUUGUAUUACCUGGUGUGAGGAUAAAAAAAAACCGAGGGACCCUGGCAGAUCGGUAUCAACGAUACGACUAUACCUACUAUCCCUGACCUGGCCUCCCCUGUCUCAUUCACUGGCUUUCUCGAUUCGCCUCACUUGGUACAGCCCGAGGCGCGUGCCGGGUCAUCACUGGCUAUCAAACAGGAUGAGUACUGCUGUAUCGUGACCACAGGGGACCUGUGUGCCCUGGCAAUGCACAGAGUUCCCUCUGCAACGAGAGGCACAUGUCCGAAGAAUGCUGGAACUGCAGGAGGGGAGAGCACACUUCAACAAGAGAGAGCGAAACAAAAAGGAGAAAGACGAGCAAAAGGACAACACUGACAAAAGCACUUCACAGAAAGCUAUACGGACUCAUUUAAAAACCCCGAGCCCUCCAAAGAACUUGGCAAGUCCCACUGCAUCAGUGACUGUGAGCUCUGGAUCCCUGUCAAUGCAUUCCAGUAACCCCAAAGUGCGAAACUCUCCGUCAGGAAAUACACAGAGCAGCAGCCCAAAAUCCAAGCCAGAGGUUAUGGUACACCCUCCUUCCGUGAUGUCCCCAUCUGGCAACCCGCAGCUGGACUCUAAGUUCUCCAGUCAGGGGAAACAGGGAAGCUCAACAACACAGUCGCAAGCAUCACCUUGUGACCAGAAAAGUGGUAACCACACCCCAAAACCAAUGCAAAGUUCGGGAGGCAACAUGGGACUUAAAAAUGGGGCUGGAAAUGGAGCCAAAGGGAAAGGAAAAAGGGAAAGAAGUGUUUCUGCUGAAUCAUUUGAUCAGAGGGACCCAGGAACCCCCACUACAGACUCUGAAAUUAAAGACUGCAACACUACAGAUCCAGCAAUGCCUCUGGAGUCCCAACAUGCCUCUCACACCAUGACCCCUUCCAACACCUCCGUCCCCAGGUCUUCCACUCCAUCACAUGGGCCAACAAUGCUUGAUUCUGCACCUGGACGAAAAACGCCAACAAAAGUGGUUUAUGUCUUUUCUACUGAAAUGGCCAAUAAAGCUGCUGAAGCUGUAAUAAAGGGACAGGCGGAAUCCAUAGUUCUCUUCCACAUCCAGAGCACCUCAAACAGCAAAGCUGAACGCACUUCAACUCCUACGAACACUCAGAUAUCGACAAAUAUAAGAAGCGAACCUAAAAGUAAUCCUCGAGCACCAACCCCCCAGGAGCAGAACCAUUCACAACCGGCCAAAGUGCAACCAAAUCAACCCGGGCCUGUACUACCGCCCAAGCCUGCAGGCUCUCACUGUUCAAUAGGACAAGAUAGCGGUGAGAGUAAAAUAGCAGCCAACAGCCCUGCUAGUGUUUUACAAAGUGAAGGAUGUGGACAAAGUUCUACUCCUAACAAUCAAGUUGCUAGUCCUUUAUCCCAGGGGAAUGUUGUCCCUUCAGGUGAUACAAAGACUGAAACAAAAAACUCCUCUCAGCAGGUACCUGGUGGGGAUCAGACAAAUUUAGGUGACAAUCCUGAUGGGCUUUCUCAAGAGCAAUUAGAACACAGAGAACGUUCUUUACAAACCCUUAGAGAUAUUCAUCGUAUGUUGUUUCCUGAUGAGAAAGAGUUUUGCUCUAAGGACAUUACAGGCCAAAGUGGGGGACCUCAACCGAAUUCUGGAAUGCUGGACAAUCCCCAGAAGAAACUUGAAGGGCCAAUACAAGCAAUGAUGGCUCAGUCACAAAAUUUAGGUAAAGGCCCAGGACCACAUCCUGAUGGAGGUAUUCCAUUUGGACCCCAGGGACACGAGGACAUGCCUUUUUCACCAGAGGAUAUGGUACCUCCACCAAUGAAUCCUCAGCCUGGACAGGAUCACCUCGACACAUGACUCCAGAACAGUGUGGCACUGGCUAAAUUGCAACAAGAAUUCUAUGAUGAAAAGAGACGCAAACAGGAGCAGGCUGUAGUGCAGCAGCGUUCCUUACAAGAUAUGAUGGUAAACCAACAUGGACCUAGAGGCAUGGUUAGAGGCCCUCCUCCUCCUUAUCAAAUUAAUCCUGGGACCUGGGGUCCUGGGGGGCCUGAGCCUUUUGCUGAUGGAAUUGGUAUGCCACAUCCUAUGCCACCAAAAGGUAUGCCCCCACAUCCAAAUGUGCCUGGAAGCCAAAUGCACGUUUGCCUGGAUUUUGUUGGAAUGAUGAACCCUGAUGAAGGACCUAAUGUUCCCAAUCCUGCCUCCAGAUCAGGACUUCCAGGUGUUAUGCCUGAUGAGGUGUCACAAAUUCAAGAUGGACGCAACUUUCCUCCCGGACAAAGCAUUUUCAGUGGCCCAGGGCGAGGUGAAAGAUUUCCUCACCCCCAAGGUUUGCCAGAAGAGAUUUUUCAUCCACAUGUUUCAGAAAAACAACUUGGUAUGCCACCUGGUAUUGGCAUGGAGGGAAUUAGACCUGUAAUGGAAAUGAAUAGAGGGAUGCCUCCCCAAAGGAAUAUGGAACCUGGAAGUGGUCUAUUCCCUCGCAUGCCUGGAGAUUCAGCACUGAGCCCCUCAAGGAUGGAAUUCCAAAAGGGGAUGCCUCCAAAUAUGGGCCCAAACAGAGAUGUAGAAUUUGGCUUGGGUCACGGAAACAUGAACAUGAAGGUUGAUAUGAACCUAAAUGUCAAUAUGAAUUCUAACCAGCAGUUAAUGUCUCAGAAAAUGAGAGAGGUGGUUAUGGGGUCUGAGGAAAUUAUUAAAAUGAGGUCAGGCAAUUCUGAGAUGCUUAGUAAGCAAAAAAUGCAUUCUGUUCCAUUUGAGCACUCCCAACCAGAAUAUGGCAUGAGUUCCAGGCCUUUUCUUAAUAUGCCCCGGUCAGGAGGAGUUUUAAGAAAUCCCAGAGAACAGAUGGGGCCAGAUCAAAGGACUAAUAGCAGAUUAAGCCACAUGCCACCACUACCUCUCAACCCUAACAAUAACCCGGGCAACCUCAGUGUUGCACCUCCUGGUCAGCGCAGCAUGGGACGUAAACCUUUGGAUAAUGUUUCUGUUUCAGGUGGUCAAGUGAACUCUCCUGGUGUAACAUUAAAAUCACCAACCAUGCGGCAGGUUCAGUCUCCAAUGCUGGGUCCCUUCUGUAUUCUUAAAUCUCCUCAAACACCGUCUCAGUUAGCGGGGAUGUUGACAGGAUCAACAGCUGCAGCUGCUGCUUCCAUUAAGUCCCCACCUGUUAUGGGGUCUGCUGCUGCUUCUCCUGUUCACCUAAAGUCUCCGUCCCUUCCUGUACCUUCCCCAGGUUGGACAUCCUCUCCUAAGCCAUCCAAUGCAAAGUCCAGGAAUACCCCAAACCAGCAGCCACCACUUGGCAUUACUUCACCAGCCAUGAUGGGGAAUAUGGAAUCGGUAGGCCCUCCUCCAACAGUCAGCCAGUCCGCUUCGAUAAAUCACCCCGGAAGUCUUCCCUCCAGCACUAGCUACACAAUGCCGCCUGAGCCCACUCUUUCCCAAAACCCCCUCUCCAUUAUGAUGUCUAGGAUGUCAAAGUUUGCAAUGCCUAGCUCCACGCCUCUCUACCAUGAUGCCAUCAAAACAGUGGCUAGUUCAGAUGAUGACUCCCCCCCUGCCCGUUCACCCAAUCUUCCUUCUAUGAAUAAUAUGCCAGGCAUGGGUAUGAAUACACAAAAUCCUCCUAAGAUGCAAGGCUCGCAUAGUGGUGUUUCUAUGCCAACGCUAAGCCCGAUGGGUAUGACACAGCCUCUUUCUCAUGGUGGUCAGAUGCCCUCUCCCAAUGCCAUGCCACCCAAUGUACCUCAUGGAGGUCCAAUGGGACCAGGAAUGAUGCCGCACAAUCAAAUGAUGGCACAUGGGCCUCAGGAUCCACCUAUGGUGCCUCAGGGGCGCAUGGGUUUUUCACAAGGUUUUCCACCAGUGCAGUCUCCACCACAAGUUCCCUUUCCACACAACGGUCCUAACGGGGGUCAGGGAAACUUUCAGUCUGGAAUGGGAUUUCCUGGAGAGGGACCUUUAGGUCGCCCUGGCAAUUUGCCCCCAAAUGCAGACCCAGCACUUUGUAAAUCGGGGUGUCCUACAGGGCCAGAUUCAUUUAAUGUUAUGGGGAACAACAUGCCUUCAGUUUUUACUGACCCAGACUUGCAGGAAGUCAUUAGACCAGGGGCAACUGGAAUCCCUGAGUUUGAUUUAUCAAGGAUUAUUCCAUCAGAGAAGCCCAGUCAAACACUGCAAUAUUUCCCUCGUGGGGAAGUUCCAGGUAGAAAACCACACCAAGGACCUGGGUUUUCACACUUGCCUGGUAUGAUGGGAGAACCAAGCCCAAGAAUGGGUCUUCCUAUGCCUGGUAUGGGGGGGCCAGGCCCUGUGGUUACGGAUAUGCCCUUAGGCGGUGCUCCAAAUAUGCCUGGUCAUAAUUCUAUGAGGCCUCCAAGUUUUAUGCAGCAAGGUAUGAUUGGGCCUCACCAUCGCAUGAUGUCACCAGCACAAUCAGGACUACCCGGCCAACUGACUAUGAUGGGGAACCCAGGAGGGGUUGGCAUGAUGCCAGGGAAAGAAAGGAUGCCUGCAGGGCUUUAUAGUCACCCUGGUUCUCCCAACAUGUUGAUGUCAAUGCAGGGGAUGAUGGGACCUCAGCAAAACCUUAUGAUUCCCCCACAAAUGCGCCCAAGAGGUAUGCCUACUGAUGUUGGGAUGGGUGGAUUCAGCCAAGGCCCUGGUAACCCAGGAAACAUGAUGUUUUAAGCUGCUACGAUUGGACAUAUUGAAACUUGUAGAAAUGAGAUUGCUGAGAAAUGUAAAACUGAGGAGUCCCAUUUGGCCAUGCAAUAGCUAAAAAGGACCCAAAUGUCAAUUUGGCGGAAACUCAAGAAUGUAUAAAACUAUCUGAGCAUUGCUUUCAUUUAUUCAACAGGUGAUUUUUAUAUUUUUUUCUUUUUUUCCCCUUUUUUUCUGUUUUCUUUUGUUUUGUUUUUCUUUUUUCUUUCUUUUUUUCUUUUUAAGAUUUAUUUUUAAAAAAAUAUUUUUGUGAACUUGGGUACCCCAUGUUGGCACCGGCUUUGGGGGGGAAAAACAAAAAAAAAUAUCUGUAGCUGUAUUUUGAGAAUUGCCAUUUGUCAUGAGUUGCACCAUCCUGUAUGUUUACGUCGUUUGGAUUGGCUUCUUCAGGACACUCGGUUACCCCUUUUGUGUACUGUACUAUAUUGUAAAAGGGAUUUUAGCAGAGACUUUAGUCUUUGUAUGUGAGAGGAGAUUCAGUGCUGUUUACUUUGGGUGGAGAAUCCAUCUUCAGAACUUUGUUACUUUUUCCUUUAACUCCAGUGUAUAGUAAACCAAACUAUGACCUCAUACAGAAAGAGUAUUAUUAAAAAAAAAAGCACAACAUGAACUAUUAAGUCCAUUUAGGGGGAUCUCCUUUCUUUACAAUAAAAAUUAAAAUUAAAAAAAUAAUCCAGAAUAUGGAGAGCAAAUAGUUGUGGUUUUUAUUUUUCUUUCUUCUUUUUUCCUUUUUUUUUUGUUUUGUUUGUUUGCUCCCUCCAAAUCUCAUUCGAUGUAGGCUUAAUGUCCCUUAUUUGCGCAGUGUAUUUUUUGGGAGGAAGAAUUAAAAAAAAAAAAAAAAAUCAAACAAAAAAAUAGAAGUGACUGGCGUUGUAUUUUGGUAGUGCUUUUUCAUGCUUUUAUCAAGAAGCCAGGCUUUAUGCUGUUACAUACAUGGACAGUCAGACCACAUGUAGUAAGUAAUCUUCAGUUAUCCUUUCUCUUAGGAAUCCCAAGUAAUUCAUGUGGGAGUGGAAACCAUUGUGGGAUAUAUUUUUUUUUCUCUCCAUUUUGUGAUGGUUACUUUUUCACUCUUCCUCUUCUUGUCCCUCUUGCCCAGCGUUAAACAUUCUGUGUAAUAUCCAUUAAAUUUGGUACAAAACCACUUGCCAGGGCUGUGGUGUCGGAAAAAUAAAAUAUAUUUCUUACAAACUGA